CAGCACGCCUCUUCCCUUUGACAGCAAUUACCUGCUCAGCAGCCAGCGCGGAGUCCCUCUGGGGCGCUGGUCCAUGGCCGAGCCCUCCUCAAAGCCGGGCCCGCUGGUCUGCUCCCUCGGGCCCCCGUCCUGAGCAGCGAGCGGCGUUGCGUGGGGGAUGGUGUGAGCCCAGCCCUCGCCCUGCUUGGGGUUUCGCCGGCGUGGAGACACCCUGGUGCAGGACGCAGGCACCAUGAAGAAGAUGUUCUCCUGCUCCACCUCACAGGUGGCGGUUGAGAGCUGGAACAAACAGGACCAGAAGCUUUUCGAAGCCGUCGAGAAGGGGGACGUGGGCAGAGUUUCCGUCCUGGCUUCCAGAAAGACAGCGAGACCCACCAAGCUCAACGCCCUGGGCCAAUCGGCGUUCCACCUGGCAGCUUCCAAAGGACUCACCGAAUGCCUGACCCUCCUGCUGUCACACGGGGCCGAAGUCAACCAGACGAACGACGACGGCAGCACAGCCUUGCACCUGGCCACCAUCGCCUGCCAGCCCCAGUGCGUGAAAGUCCUGCUGCAGCAUGGCGCCAACGAGGAUUGCGUGGAUGGUGAGAAUCGCACCCCUCUGCACUGGGCCGCCUCCUCCGGAUGCGCGUCCAGCGUCUUGCUCCUGUGUGACCAUGAGGCCUUUCUGGAUGUCACCGACAAUAACGGACGCACACCCCUGAUGAUCGCGGCCAUGGGAAACCAUCCUGCCAUCUGCUGCCAGCUGCUCCAGAGAGGGGCCAGCGGCAAUCUCACCGACAAGGACCAGAAGACUGCUCUGAUCCUGGCCUGUGAGAGCAUCAGCGUGGAGUCGGCCGAGCUGCUGGUAAGCAGCGGGGUGGACCUCAGCGUGGUGGACAGGAUGGGCCACGACGCCCUCCAUUACGCCCUGCAGUCUCAGAGCCGCCCACUGAGGAGGCUGCUACGCAGCGCCCUGAAGAAGAGGAAGAGAAGGGAGCACGGAUCCGGCCGUCAAACGGACACCACAUCCCAGGUGACAGCGGAGCCCCCGGCACUGGGUGGCAGCGGCACAACUUUGCAGAGCGAGGAAGGAGACUGGGAUGAAGAGGAGGAUCUCGACGCAGAAGAGUGGCGGUGUCGAUGCGAGGACGAGCAGAUGAAAGUCCUGCAGCUGGAAGAGCAGCUGGCGACGAAGGCGAAGGAGUGUGAUGCCCUGGCAGAGGGGCGCAAGGUGAUGAAGGAGAGGAUCUGGGACCAGGUGCAGGAGAUCAGCCAGCUGUUGCUGGAGCGGGCAGAUGAAGAGCCGAAGAGGAGGAGAAGAGACUCCAACAGGAGCGAAGUGGCCACAGCCCUCGAGGAGAAGGAGAACGCGACGAAGAGGGUGGUGGAGAUCGAAGGCCACCUAGAGAACAUGAGGGCAGUGAUCGCUGUCUACGAGACCAAGAAACGGGCCCAGGGCGAGGCGCUGGAGCAGCUGCAGGCUCGUGUCGCUGAGCUCGAGGGUGACAACCAGCGGCUCCGGGGACUGCUGGCAAAGCAGCAGGGAGAAAGCCAGAAGGCAGGAAAACAGGAGGUGGAUCAGAGAGAGCCCAGAUCUGCUCUCUGCACUGAGCUAGGCCCAUUCCUGUCAUGGAUGAGGAAGGCAUGUGCCAGAGCCCAGGAGGAGAAGGCCGCGGUCCUCGCCGAAAAUGAGGAUCUGAAAAGGGAGGCAGAGGAGGCCCUCAGGGGCAAAUUUCACCUCGAGGCGGUGCCCUCAGAAGCUGUCAGGCAGAGCAUGGCCUCUUGGGAGAAGAUGGUGAUGGGCUUAGAACAUGCUCUGGCGAAGAUGGGGGAGGCUAACUCCAACCUUCUUGAGAAAGCCAGGCCUCUCCAGGAAGCCAUCUCAGCCCCUCACAGCAAGCAAGAGCCUGGGGUCGUGGUAAAUGGCACGAUGGCUUCCCAGCUUCCAGAGCUGAGAAAUGGCCUGGAGCAGCAUGAGGAGGAGAACAAUGUCUUCAGAGAUGAGCUGGGGUCCUCACAAAGGCAAUUGCAUUCGCCAGAGGAGCUGGAAAAGAGCAGCGUGGAAAAGAACCAGAUCCAAGAUGGCCUCCAGGAGCAGCUCACACCUAGGCUGAGGGACAAUUCUGAGGAAACCAAAGGCCGGGCCAGGAGGAGAAGCUCUGACCUAGAGAAAGAGGUGUCAGACCUCAGAGAGAACAACGGCAGCCUUCUGAAUGAGCUGGCCCAGCUGGGCAUGGAGAGGGAGAAGCUGCAGGAGGAGCUCCAACGCCUCCAGCAGCACCCCGAAAAGGAGGGGUCCCCCCGUGCGGAGGCCCAGGACGUGGUGGAGGAGCUGAGGCAGAGAGUGGCCGCCUUGUCCCAGGAGCUGUCAGCUGAGAAAGAAGAGACCAAGAAGCUGAGGCUAAGGCUAGAGACCCAGAAGAGGGAGAUGGUGGUGCUGAGGGACAGCUUCCUCAAGCAGAUGAUGGGUGAGGCCAACAAAGUGCAGAGCCAGAGCCUCGGUGCCUGCAUCUUGGAGGAGCUGCACUGGAAACUGGACAACCUGGUGAAGAAGCACAAUGAGGCCCUGCAGCUGGUGUCAGAGAUAGAAGAGGAGAGCCAGAUGCUGGAGAGCGACCAGACUCCCGCCGUGCAGCAUGAGGAUAUCGAUGCCUCCGUGGUGGGCGAGAAAGGCCCUCCAAGCAACAGUGUCCAGGCCCUCGGUCAAGAAGCGUCUGAAACCUUGGAGAUCGUUGGAGGAGAGCUGGUGCUUGAGCCCUGGCGGUGGGUGAAUGAGCUGGAGAGAGAUCUGUGGGAGCUGAAGGAGGAGCUGGAGGCAGCUCAGGCCACCUUGGGCAGUGAAGGCCAUGACAUGACCAAGCUGAAGCAGUUGCUCGACCGACUGCCCGUGAAGGUGGCAGAGCUGUGCUCGGAGGAGGAGGAAGCCCUGCGGAUGCACGAGAAGGCCUGGAGCUCCCUGGCGCUCCAGACUCAGGCUCUGGAAGAGGAGCUGAGAGCUCUUCAGGAGAAGCAUGAAGAGGUGAGGGAGAAGUCUGCCCAGCGUGAGGAGGUCCUGGCCUCGGAGAGGCAAAAGAACAAGGACCUGCUGGACAAGGUGGCAGAGCUGGAGAAGGAAGCAAGGGAGCCGAGGAGGAAGUCAGAACAGCUGCAGAGAACCAUCAAGGACCUGAACAAGAAGGUGGAGGAGCUUUCCAGGACUUGCCAGGACAAAGAAGGAAAGAUUAAAAAGCUGCUGAAGGAGACAGAGAAGCUUUCAGCCGAGAUCCUGACCCUCCGCAGCGAGAGUGCUCGUCUCCAGCUGCAGUUAGAGGUUAAGGAAAAAAACCACCAAGAGAUUGUAACUAUCUACAGAACCCAUCUGCUCAAUGCAGCCCAGGGGUUCAUGGAUGAGGACGUUCACUCGAUGCUGCUCCGAAUCCUGCGGGCGAAGGAGGAAUGAGCUUUGUCCUCCGCUUCCCGGGAACUAGGAUCUCUCUUCUUUACAAGUCAUACCAAGAGAAGACUGACAGGCCCCGCCCACACCUUUCCAGCAGGAAGGAGAGCGCUCCAGCUGACGUAUCAUUGGUUCCACAUCUCCACCCCACCAAGCCAGAGCCCAACCCACGACAGACAGCAACGCAAGGCGACCGCCUCUGCAAUUGCUUUCAUCUUUGUCUCUCCUCCCACAUCCCCUUGCCACUGUCUGGCACUCAGGGAAUGGAAGUAGUUUGCCCUUGAAAUUUGGGGGGCAGGGUAAGAGCAGCUUGUUUGACCAAUCCCAGCUGAUUGGACACAAGACUAGAUCAGGCUCUUACACCCGGGUACAGGAUUAGAACCUAGCUCCUUUUGUUCCACAAUCGUGCUCCUCUGCCGCGUGAGCUAAAGGCCAGCUCCCGCCCCCACUACCAGCGCGAGGGCACAGCUAGCUGAGAGCAACACACAGAGUAAAUGCCACUUCCGCCUGCCUCUCAGGGCAAGAGACAGCCGAUAAUUAUUACGUGUCUGAAUUCUGGUAGCCCCUGUGAGCCUCUGCUCUGGACCAGAACCUUAUGGUGCUAGGAGCUGCCUAAACACAGAACAAAGGGACACUCCCGUUCCUAAAUCAACCAGGCCUGUUCCUGCUCCAACUGAAGUCGGUGACCAAAGUUCAGUUGCUUUCCAAGUCACGGGACCAGCUCUCUAAAAAGCAGACCGUUGUUUGGCACGCCUCUUCUGUCGGCGGCCUGGGCUGAUUUGCUUUCCCCCUGGCCUUGGCUCUGAGUCUGCUUGGCCGUGGAAAGGAGCCCUUCAAGGUGUUUAUUCUGGAGACAGGCUUUGGUGUAAUAACAGAGCCUUAGGGUGAUCCCAGCUUCAGGGCUGGGUGGAGCAGCCAGGGGAAAGAAAGCGCUGAGAUUAGCAACCAGAAGGCAGGGAUUUGCAUGGAGCUAUGAGCUGAGAUCCUCUUCCAGGCCAGCCAGCCAGCACCGACACUUCCCUCCUUCGCCCUGUAGGAGAACCCAACCCAAGAAUGUAGCUCAGGAAGUUACGUUCGCUCAGCCUUGUCCUGUAAAUUACACACCAAAAAGACACUUGUCUACUGGUCAGAGGACUCAACCGGGUGACAGAAGACCUGGGUUCUAGUCUUGAUCCUGCUGCAUACCCUUGGGCAGAUCAUGUUGCUGCUCCGUGCCUCAGUUUCUCCUCUGUUUAUUUAAAUUGGAAGCUCUUUGGGAAGGGGUUGGUUCCUAAAUGUGUGUUUGUAGAGCGCCCGGCCUCCUCCCAGCUGGGGCCCCUAGCUGCUGCUGUAAUAGAAAUAACUAAUGGUCUAUUACGUAAAUAAUAGCACCAGAUCCUCACCUGGCAUAAAUCCAACUAGCUGCAUUAUUGCGAACAGAGCUAGGCCGGCUGAGGAUGCGGGCCAAUGACCUUGCCUUUGUCACCCAUUAAAUUGGUAUUUUGG